GCUGCCGGUUGCCGGCUGCCCCUCAGCAUUCUCCCUGCCUGCCUGCCUGCCUGCCAUAAAUCCUCGGGUCUUCGGCGAGUCGAGGAGUGAUUUGCAGCGUCGUGGGUCAAGAGGAUUCAUUGAGAAUUUUCUGAAAAAGAAUUUCGAAUUAUAGGAGAAAACAGCAUGUCAGAGAGACCAGCAGCGGGAAGGAGUGCGGGGCGAACCAGGGGGGCACCAACGCAAGCCCCCGCGUUGCAAGGUGCCUGGGGCCAACGCCAGGCUGCUGCAUCGUCUGUUGGACGUUCAGUGAGAGCGCCAACCCCUCAACAAGCGUAUCAACCUCAGGGUGAUGAAGGAGUUUUGCCGCCCCUUCCCCCAGUCGAACAAGUAGGACCUGGUGGUGACGCUGGAGGUGGUGCAGGAAGAGGCGCAAUGAGGGGAAGAUCGGUAAUUCACGCUGAGAUCCUCAUGACUCGUCCCGAGGGAAUUACCAACAAGAAGGGAACCACUGGAAAGCCUCUCCAACUCACAGCCAAUUAUUUCAAGAUAAAAACAAAGGCUGAUUGGUGUCUGUAUCAGUACAGAGUGGAUUUUGCACCUGAGGAGGAUCGUACAGCUGUCAGGAAAGGACUCCUUCGUCUCCACAAGGAGAGACUUGGAUCCUAUAUUUUUGAUGGAACUGUCAUGUACACUGCCAACAGAUUGAUGGCUCCUAAUGAACCGUCACUGGAGCUAUUUGCUGAACGUAGAGGAGAUGGGGAAAGGGUUCGUAUUACAGUCAGACUUGUUGGGGACAUGGUAAAAGGUGAUCCUCAUUAUCUCCAGUUUUACAAUAUUUUGGCCAGGAGAUCUCUGGAGCAUCUCCAGCUGCAGCUCGUUGGAAGGAAUUACUUCGAUCCACAUGAAAGUGUCGUUGUCAGAGAGCACAGAUUUGAGCUGUGGCCUGGCUACAUAACUUCAAUUCGUCAACACGAGCAUGAUGUUUUGAUGUGCGCAGAAAUUAAUCACAAAGUCAUGAGGCAGGAGAAUCUUCUCGAUAUUUUAGGACGAUUGACUCAGGAGAACGGUAGCAACUAUCAACACGCUUAUAAAGCUGAAGUUGUGGGACUCACUGUUCUCACUGAUUACAAUAAUAAUACGUAUCGUAUCGAUGAUGUAGACUUCAGUGCAAGCCCCAGGUCCACUUUUCAUCUGAGGAAGGAGGACAGAGAUGUCAGUUACAAGGAUUACUACAGCGUCAAGUACAAUAUUACCAUUCGUAAUGAAACACAGCCACUGCUAGUGACUCGCUCCUCUGGUCGUGAUCGUCGUGCUGGACAGUCUGAGAUUGUUUAUCUCGUUCCUGAGUUGUGCAGAGCUACAGGACUCACUGAUCGCAUGAGGAAUGACUUCCGCCUGAUGUCUGCAAUGGCCACACACACCAGAGUUACCCCCGACAAGAGAAUCGAGAAGCUGUUGGCGUUCAAUAGGAGAUUGAACACUGAGCCAUUGGUGCAAGAUGAGUAUAAGAACUGGAAUCUAUCCCUAGAUCGUGAUCUUGUCAGAGUCCCUGGUAGAUUGUUGACAGACGAGAAGAUCUUCUUCGGUGAUGAGAAACAAGUGAACGCAGGCGAGCAGGGAGACUGGACCAAAGCUAUUCGAGACAAUUCCCUCCUUCUGACAACUCCCCUGAGGCAGUGGGUAGUUAUCGUGCCAGAGAGAAAUUCCAGGGAUGCAAGAGGCUUUUGUCAAGCUAUUUCUCGUUCCACCAAAAAUUUCAACGUCCAGGAGCCACAAUACUUUGAAAUUCGUAACGACAGAGCUGAGUCGUACACAAUGUGCAUUGAACAAGUCCUGAGCAAGGUCAGUCCUCAACUCGUCAUGUGCAUACUUGCGAAAAAUCGUGCAGACACUUAUGCAGCGAUAAAGAAGAAGUGCUGCAUUGACAGGCCUGUUCUAAGUCAGGUUGUCACUGCUCGUUGCUUCAAGCCACAGGGAAUGAUGUCAAUAGCAACUAAAGUUGCUAUCCAAUUAAAUUGCAAGAUUGGAGGGAUCCCAUGGACUGUCCACAUUCCCUUGGGAGGUUUGAUGGUCGUGGGAUAUGAUGUGUGUCAUGACACCAAUAAGAAAGGAACAGACUUUGGAGCGAUGGUGGCCUCUUUGGACAAAAAACUCUCUCGUUACUUCUCAGCAGUGUCAGCCCACACGACAGGCGAGGAGCUCUCCAAUCACUUGGCUGUGAACAUGGCCAAGGCCCUGCAUAGCUACCAGGAGGUGAACAAGGCCCUUCCAUCCCACAUAAUUGUUUACAGAGAUGGUGUCGGUGAGGGUCAGAUUCCCUUUGUUGUGGAUCACGAGGUGAAGCACGUGAAAGAUGCAAUCUCCAAAUUCUACGCAAAUCCAGCACAGGUGAAGCUGGGCUAUGUCCUGGUAACCAAGAGGAUCAACACGAGAUUCUUCCAGGGAACCAGAAAUCCCGCCCCGGGGACUGUUGUCGAUGAUAUUGUCACCAAUCCAUGGAAGUACGACUUUUUCCUAAUUUCACAGGGAGUAAAGCAGGGUACUGUAUCCCCCACCUCGUACUCGGUUAUCUACGACACAACUGGUCUCUCCCCAGACAGAAUGCAAUUGCUAACUUACAAGAUGACUCACAUCUACUUUAACUGCAGUACCACCAUGAGAGUCCCUGCACCUGUUCAAUUUGCUCAUAAACUCGCAUUCCUCGUUUCACAGUCUAUUCAUGCUGCACCUGGGGAUCGCAAUCUUCAGAGACUUCUCUAUUUCCUCUAAGGCAAUUAAAUUAUUAAAUUUGAAGGAUGAAAAGAAAGAGGUUUUAUUGGAAAGGAGUACCAAAUAAUAGGAUACGGCAGUAAAAGACAUAUUUGUUUGCUUCUAAUUAUUAUUAUCAUUUUUUUUUCUUCAACAAAUAGUUUUCGAGAUGAAUGAGAGUUGCGAAAUGAAGAUUUGAUGGCUAUGGCAUUUUAUUUAUUAAUGAAGCAUUAGAGGCACCAACUUUUUUUUUGCUCAACGAAUUAUUGAUUGAGUAAUAUAUUGGAAAAAAAUAAGAGAAAUUCAAUGAAGAAGUGAUAAAAAUUGAAAGAUUUGAUAUUUCAUUUUUGUAAUUAUGAAAUUAUUCCUGGAAUUAUCGACCGUGUUGUGAAAAAAAUCAGAGGACGAUUUUUGUGGAGUCUUUCAUAAAAGAAAGGUCUUUCAACAUGUUCCAAUAAAACCACUCGUUUUCGGGAUAAAUUCACAAUUACGAAAUGAAGAUUUGGCAUGCAAGAUGAUAGCUUUUUUUCAAUUCAUAAAUGAAUUCCAUUCAUGCUCGAUAUACUUUUUUUUUUUUUAUUCUGUUUGGAAAUUGAGCAUCAUUCCUAUGCAUUUGUUUACGAGGAAAAAUACCUUUUAUUUUUAUUUUUUUUAUUCACAUAUUUUUUCAGUUGGAGAAUUUGUCUUUUUAUUUUUUUUCAACUUCUCUCAACCAUUCGUCUUUCUUCAGUGUUUACUUUAUUCUUCAGGUGUUCCAUGGAAUUGUUAUCCUCAAUAAUUUUUCAUAGUUAUGUUAUGAAUGACUCUUUCAUGAAUUCUUCCUCUUUUAUCCAAAACCAACGAAGAAUAUAUUUUUUCAUCGACUAUUGAUAAAAAUGUAAGAGAAUGCCUAAUAUAAAUAUUAGAAAGAAUUUAAAUCAUGAUUUCAGAUAAAUAGACGAGUUCAUUUUGAACAAUGAAUAUUCACGUCUUCAUUGGAUAUAAAAAAUAAAAGAACGAGAGAGUUCUUAUUUUCAAGAAAAAAAAAAAUAAAUAAAUAAAGAUUCAAAUUUCCAUGAAAUGGAAUUGAAGGACAAACAGGGUUCAUUAAAUUAAUCAUUAAGUUUAAUAUAGUUUAAAUAAAGUUUAUCAAUAGUGUUAAAUUAUCAUAAAGACGUCAUCGUGAUGUCUUUGAGCAAUUGCAUUAUACUACUUCACUAGUAAUUGUACCAUUUUUUUUCCACUGCAGCUCAUUUCUGUAUUUUUUUUUCGCUCCAGCACUUCAGUAUCUCUAAAGAAACGAUAAUAUGCAUUAAAAACCUGUUGAAGCUGCUGGAAAUAGCCAUUCUUAUUAUUAUCAUCAUUUUUCAAUUUUAGAUUGUCUUAGAAUGGAUGCUUGAAAAAAUGAUGCGCAGGAUUAAUUAUGGAAAAUAUACUGUGUUUAUUAGAAGUAAAUAAAAAUACAAAAUUCAA